GAGGACAAAGGAACUGGGCUGCCCGCGGCGCCGCGGACCCCCGACCGCACAGAGGGACCCCGGAGCCUCGCAGCCAUGCCCGGGCCCGGGACCCUCGCCAACCUGGUGGAGUUUUUCUGGAAGGACGGCUUCAGCCGCAUCCACGAGAUCCAGCAGAAGCACACACGGGAAUAUGGAAAAAUCUUCAAGUCUCACUUUGGUCCUCAGUUUGUAGUAUCUAUUGCAGACCGAGACAUGGUGGCUCAGGUGCUGCGGGCAGAGGGCGCUGCGCCCCAGAGAGCCAACAUGGGAUCCUGGCAGGAGUACCGAGACUUGCGAGGGAGAUCCACCGGCCUCAUCUCGGCGGAGGGUGAACAGUGGCUCAAGAUGAGAAGCGUAUUGAGACAAAGAAUUCUGAAACCCAAAGAUGUGGCUAUUUUUUCCGGAGAAGUCAACCAAGUUAUUGCUGAUUUGAUUAAAAGAAUCUACAUUCUCAAGAGUCAGUCGGAAGAUGGAGAAAUGGUGGCCAAUAUCAAUGAUCUCUUCUUCAAAUAUUCAAUGGAAGGAGUGGCCACCAUCCUGUUUGAGAGUCGUCUGGGCUGCCUGGAGACCCUCGUCCCGCAGCCCACAGUGGACUACAUCAAGGCCUUGGAGCUCAUGUUCAGCAUGUUCAAGACCUCCAUGUACGCCGGUGCCAUCCCCAGGUGGCUGCGCCCCUUUAUUCCUAAACCCUGGCAGGAAUUCUGCAGGGCCUGGGAUGGACUCUUCAAAUUCAGCCAAAUUCAUGUUGACAACAAGCUGAAGGACAUCCAGUGCCAGAUAGAUCAAGGGCAGCGAGUGCAAGGUGGGGUACUCACCUACCUCUUCCUCAACCAGGAGAUGUCACUGGAGGAGAUCUAUGCCAACAUGACUGAGAUGUUGCUGGCCGGGGUUGACACAACAUCCUUCACCUUGUCCUGGGUAGUGUAUCUCCUUGCAAGACACCCAGAAGUGCAGCAGACUGUGUACCAGGAGAUAGUGAAGAAUCUGGGGGAGAAGCAUAUUCCAACGGCAGCAGAUGUCCCCAAAGUCCCUUUGGUCAGAGCUCUGCUUAAGGAAACUUUGAGGCUGUUUCCGGUGCUUCCUGGGAAUGGCCGAGUCACACAGGAGGACCUGGUUCUUGGUGGAUAUCUGAUUCCCAAAGGCACCCAGUUGGCCCUUUGCCACUAUGCCACAUCUUACGAAGAUGACAACUUCCCUCGGGCUACAGAGUUCCGGCCCGAGCGCUGGCUUCGGAAAGGAAACCUGGACAGAGUUGACAAUUUUGGGUCCAUCCCCUUUGGUUACGGGGUUCGAAGCUGCAUCGGGAGGAGAAUCGCAGAGCUGGAGAUCCACCUCGUUGUCAUUCAGCUGCUUCAACAUUUUGAGAUCAAACCAUCUUCUUGGACGAAAACAGUUCAUGCAAAAACCCACGGGCUUCUGACGCCAGGGGAGCCCAUCCACGUGCGCUUUGUGGACAGAAAGUGAGUCUGGAGUCUAAAAUCCAGACAGGGGACUGACAGGAAUUGGGGAUUCCUGUGUUGCUCACUGAUU